GAUCAUCUGAAAAUCGAUACAUUCAAUGCUGCUCCACGGUACAUUAAUAAUUAACCUGGCUCUAUUUAGCAUAAUUUAAUCAGAAAUUGAAUGAUAUACAUAUACUAUACAUGGCAUCACUCAAUUCAAGUGGAUUCGAUACUAGCCAAUUACGGUCAACGAUACCGGCUACCGCCAGACCCACCAAGUGCUUGAAUUUGACUGUCUGUAGUGUAGUUUCAACCAUUCCAACCGCGCUUGCAUCAGCCAAUUUCUGCACGUGAUUUUUGCACCAGAAGGAUAAGAGCGGAAAACGAACGAAUCAAGUUUGUGAGGGAGCCAGCGAGGUUUGUGGUGGGAUUUCACCGACGACGACGACGUCGUUGGCGUUGACUUCGUUUGGUCAAACUCUUUCAGUAUAAAACCGACUGAAUUGUUCUUGAUUAGGUACAGUUUGAUUAGUUCUAUUGCUUUGACCACACCAAACAAAUUUUAGCAAAAUGGCAUUCAAGUUCGUCACCUUCCUCGCUCUGGUGGCUGUUGCCCGCGCCGGAGUCAUUGCUCCAGUUGCCUAUUCGGCUCCUCUGGCGUACGCCGCUCCAGUUACCAAGACCCUGGUUGCUGCUCCGCUCAUCAAGACCAUCGUUGCCGAUGAGUACGACCCCAACCCACAGUACUCAUACUCGUACGGAAUCUCCGAUGCCCUGACCGGUGACCAGAAGUCCCAGCAGGAAUCCCGCAGCGGAGAUGUCGUCCAGGGAUCUUACUCGCUGGUGGACUCCGAUGGCUACAAGCGUACCGUUGACUACACUGCUGAUCCGAUCCACGGAUUCAACGCUGCUGUGCGUCGCGAACCUCUGGCCAUCAAGACCGUUGCCCCGGUCGUUGCUGCCAAGACCAUUGUUGCCCAGCCUGCCUAUGCUGCCUACGCUGCUCCAGUUGCCAAGACCAUCUCCUACGCCGCCCCAGCUGUGGCCAAGACCAUCGUCUCGCAGCCAGCUUAUGCCACGUAUGCCGCUCCUCUGGCCACCAAGACCAUUGUGUCGCAGCCAGCUUACGCUAGCUAUGCUGCCCCAGCUUACUAUCACUAAGUGAUGAUAAGAUUGAUUGUUGUACGGACUGAAUGUUGAUUGAAUGUUACCUGUCUAAUUUAUUGUCAAUAGAAUACUGAAUAGAUGAAAAAUCAUCCAAAAAUGAA